CCCAACCUCGCCAACUUUCGUCGCCAUGCCUUCGUUCAAGACCAUCCUCGCCUCCAUCGCCCUCGUGGCCCUCUCGUUCUCGUCGGUCUCGGCGUCGUCCGUCCACCACAACGGCGGUGUCGUCCGCCGCAGCAACAUCGCUGCCCGCGACGUCUCGCCGUCGCCGGCUGUCGCCCGCCGCGCCGCCGCCGCCAAGGCCCUCAAGAAGCGCGCCAUGUUCAAGGGCAAGGCGUCGUCCAUCAUGACCGGCACCAAGCUCGCCGCCAUCGCCCGCCGUAUCCGCUGCGGCCAGAACACGGUCUGCCAGAACCGCGCUCCCCUCGGCCCGGCCAACUCGGCCAACGUGUGCUACCGCGGCACCUGCGCGUACGCGUGCAACACCGGCUUCGCGCAGCAGGGCGACCAGUGCGUCGCGACCCUCGCCGCCAACCAGCAGUGCGGCGGCGUGACGUGCGACACGCCGGCGAACGGCUACGCGCUCUGCAACAACGGCGCGUGCGAGGUCGGCUGCAACCUCGGCUUCACCCGCUACUCGACCAACGGCAGCCUCAGCGGCCCGUACACCUGCAUCGACACCGCCAACGACGCGACUCGCUGCGGCACCGGCGCCAACCUCGUCAACUGCCCGGCUUCCUACAACGGUCUCGGUACCCCCGAGUGCCGCAACUCGGUCUGCCGCAUUGCCUGCCCGACUGGCAGCGUCCUCCGCCGCGCCGACUCGACCAGCAACCCGUACUACUGCUACAACGGCGAGGGCAGCCUCGCCAACUAAGCGCAGUGACGCCUAGGGCGCGACGCAUCCGUCGCCGCCGUCGUCGCAGCCUUCCCCUUUCCCCUUUCCCCUCCGUCUUUCUCCCCUUGUGCCUCGUUAAUCUGUCCGCGCCUCGCGUCACUUGACCCCAUGCCCUUCAUCGUCGCCUGCAUCGGCUGAUGUGUGCGACGGUGCGGGAGCUGUUGCGCGUUGGCCUCUUCGGUAGACCUCCCCCCCUCUUCCUUCCCCUCUUACGACCCCUCGUGCCCUUCACGCGACGAACGAACCGCAUGUCCAUUCUCAUAGACGUCUUCUC